CUCUUAUCGAUAACAUGCGACGAGCCUCGACGUAACUCGAGGUCAAGCGCAGGUUCGGGCGCGAGCGGCUUACAUCGACUUGCGCUUUGCACGAUUCUCCCUGGCUGAGGCACGCCCGCCUCUGGCUGUCCGCUCAACACCGUGACAAGAUGGGCUCGGGAAGCUCCAAAGUGACGGCUCAAGACAGAGCCAUCCUGGACAUGAAGGUGCAGCGUGAUAAGCUGCAGCAGUACCAAAAGAAGAUCACCGUACUCACCGACCGCGAAACCGAGAUUGCAAGGCUGUGUCUGCGCAACAAGCAGCCGGAAAAGGCGAAGCUAGCGCUUCGGCGAAAGAAAUACCAAGAGUCGCUGCUCAAGAAGACGGACGAGCAGCUGCACCAGCUCGAGAUCCUCGUCUCCGACGUCGAAUUCGCCCGGAUCCAAAAGGACGUUUUGUUCGGUCUACAGCAGGGCACCAAUGUGCUGAAGGAGAUACACAGAGAAAUGGGCGGGAUUGAGGCGGUGGAAAAACUCAUGGGCGAGAGCGCCGAGGCCAGGGCGUAUCAACAGGAGAUCAGCGACAUGUUGGCGGAGAGGAUGACGAAUCAAGACGAGGACGAGGUGGAGGACGAGCUUGCACAGCUGGAGAGGGAAGUAAACGGAAUUGUCAGUGUGGACGAGCUUCCCGAUGCGCCCAGGCAGCCGCUUGAGCAGCAGGAGACGGAGAAAGAGCGGCGAGAACGGCGUGCGCGAGAACGGGAAGACGCACAGGCGCAAAGAGCAGAGCCUCUGAUGGCUUGAUGAUAUCCGUGGCUGGCUCCAGCUCUUCCUGGACUGCAGAUGGCAGUGGUGGCACGUUGUAUAUGCAUCAGCGGCGGUGUUUCGGGGGAAUUCUCAUUCAAAUCUGACCAUAUACCUGCUGACGUACAUCAGCGUAUAUAUAUAUACAUGGAAAUACAUACUGAAAUACACGCAUCUGCAUGUAUUUGUCUAGCCUAGUUCUAAAACACUGAUCUCC